AUGUCUCAAUCACCAGACAAGAAUGAAAAUGGUAGUGACACGCCCACCAAGGACGAGGAACAACCAAAACUACCAACUUUCACACUUUCCAUCGUCUCUCCUUCAGUAGAGGUCGCGAGUCCAUUGACUUUCCCCCAACUGUUGGUGACCACCACAGUACAAGAAUUGAAAGCAAAGAUCAGGGAAGUCGUGCAAUCAAAGCCAACCGACUCAGCUCAGCGACUGAUUCACCGUGGUCGAAUGCUUGAGAGGGAAUCGCAAACAAUGUUAGAGGUGUUUGGUCAAGAGAGCCUAUCAUCAUUGGAUACUCACACUCUUCAUCUCGUUCUUCGACCCGCUCCUCCAGAAGCAACUCCAACGAGAGCUGCAGAACCUCAUGCACAAAAUAACCCCGCGAAUAUACCCCUUCCUCAAACAUCGACCCCUCCACCACAGUUUCGUGGCCAGGCAGCUGCGCAAAAUCUACACCAACAACAUCGUGACUUUCACCAUGCCACGCACACGCAAAGACUGCAGCAAUUACAAAGGGAGGCGGAACGUCUACAGCAAGAACUAGAAGCAGGCACUCGAGCUUAUCAAUCUCAAAUUGGUCGUCUUCUCAAUUUGGGAAAUAAUAUGCCAACACCGCCCACAGUUACUCGAAAUCCGUAUGCAUCUACAAAUGCGAAUCAUACCUCGAUUGAACAACUUAUUGCGCAGCAUCAGCGAGCAAGACGCGUAGGACCACUUGGGGGACCGGAUACUGGCGGACAACCAAAUAUGUUUACGGCUUUAGACGAAAUGAACUCCGGUAGAUCAACACCUCAACUCAGGGCUCCUGACCAUAGCUCUACUUAUACUCGGGAGGGUGUCGGCCCAAAUGGGGAGAGGUGGCAAGUGACGAUAAAUGAGACUACAACCACAGUUCCUGCAGGGACAUUUCGAUCGCCCGAGAGACAUAACCCAUUUCGAUCACCUGAGCGACGUAGCUAUGCGCAACAUCCUGCAUCUCCAGCGGCAAGCACUGGAAACCCCGCGUUAGAUCUACAAAAUUAUUUGCGCAAUGUAGACAGGCUAAGAGCUCCCCAAGCACCUUCUGUGGCGCCAAGAUCUUCGUCAACUCCCCCGUCAGCGCAACCCGGAACUCAAACUCCAUCUUCUACCCCCGCACCCGCGACCACAUCCGCUCCUAGUACACCUUUGACCGCCAUAUCUCCCAACCCAGUAGCGACGAGUGCAUCUUUACCAAAUCUGACCGCAACUCCAGCAGUAUCUACCAGCAUUACGUCAUCCCAAUCUAUGGAGCCAAUGGUAUACAUACUCACGUCUCCCUCUGGCCCUCGUGCCCUUUUGAUCAACAAUUCCGAGACUUUCUAUACACCACGUUUUUCAAGAACCCGUCAGAGCAAUGUAAUCGGCUUGCCUGAAUAUCGUAAUAGAAAUGCUCAAAGAGCUAGAAUAGGACGUGGAAACCGACAGCGCGCAAACGAAGAAGUUCCUGCUGCAGAUUUCCCGCCUAUUCAUAAUCGUGCUCAAAGAGCAGGGGUGCCGGUCGCACUCCAGUUAGUCAAUGUGCUUUGGUUGGUUAUUCGGUUGAUUGGAUUCGUGUGGUUUUUCACUUCUGGAAACAGCAGCUGGUCAAGGUUCUUGAUGAUGAGCGGACUCGCAAUAGUCGUCUUUCUCAUAAACACAGGUGUUCUCACAGGAGUUUUCAAUGGUGUUGCAGAGCAAUUUUGGGGCCCAAUCAGAAGACAUUUAGAAAACUUAAUUCCACUAGCUGGACCAGAUGCUGCACUUGUACCUGCAGCAAAUGCAGCAGUAGUACCACAGAAUGGAGCAGCGGAAGCAAACACACCUACUCGGUUACCACAUGGCCAACUUGACGAGUCUCAAGUUGCAGCAAGAAUACUGGAGCAACAAAGACAAAGACAAGCUCAGCCGGGUUGGCUCAUAACUCAAAUUCGAAGGGCAGAACAUGCUGCGCUCCUCUUUGUGGCGAGUCUGGUUCCGGGUGUAGGAGAAAGACACAUUGCUGCGAGGGAUAACGCGGCUAGAGAAGCGGAGGCAGCAGCCGCUGAGGCAGAAAGACGACGAGUUGAAGCGGAGGCUGCUGAAAAUGGAGAAGCGGGUGCCACUGGACGAGCAAACGAUGGGGAACAUACAGAAAGAGCUGUUGAGGAAGGAGAGACGGGUGGUGAAAAUACAAGGCCAAAUGCAGAUAUCGAGCGCGAGGCGCCCCCCGCUCAACCUUUGGUCGUUUGA